AUGGCGAUCCCGUGGCGAUCGUUGGCGAUCCGGCGGGACCUAGAUGACGUGGAGACCCAGGCGGAUCUGGGACCGUUGGAGUGUGUCCUCCGUGAUCGGGCGAACCGGGUGAUGGGUCGCGAUCCGGAGACAGAGGCAUGGUGGAGCCUUCUGAAGAGAUCGGUGAGGUGGGGAGAUGCGUCGGAGAGGCCAUGA